GGUAUGACCACUGACGGUCACGGUGAGGAACGAGUCUCGGUACAGUUUCGUGAAUGUAUAUGACUUGCCCUCUUUUGCUCUCCAGCAAUGUAACAAGGCUUUCCUUUCCUUCUACUCUCCAGCUCCUCACGCCCAUGUCCAUGUACCCUUCAAGCACGCGCUUUCGUCUCCUUCACUCGCUACCACAACUUCACCUGGCCGCAAGAUCAUCCCUUAGCGCACACAAUAAAAGUAGGACCAAUGGAAAGAUAAAAAUACGUAGCCUCGAGCAAUACCGGACAAUUUCAUGGAAGUCUUCCCUCGAAAUGCACUCUUCAGAGUCCAUGUCGGACGGCCAGGAAGAAAAUGCAAAAGCAGCAAUCCUGGACAAAGUCAUGCAGGGCCGCCAGCCGACAGAUCUUCUCCUUCGAUGUACGGUCUUGGACGACGUAGGACAUGUGAAGAGCAUAUCAGGCCAAUUCAAACGAUCCGACUUGUGUACAGAACACCGUUUGAACCCUCGUGACCUCCGCAAAAUAGACUCCCGAGUACCAAACUUAGUCCCCACUAUACUAAUACGAAAAGAAGCCAUCCUCAUUAAUAUACUUCAUAUACGUGCUCUUGUCAAAGCUGAUACUGUCAUCUUGUUUGAUACCUACGGUUCUAAUGACUCCAGGCUCCAUUCUGUUUUCCUCUACCAUCUAGAACAUAAUCUCAAAGCCAAAGGCAGUGGAGCCCCGUAUGAAUUUAGAGCGAUCGAAUCAAUUCUCCUAUCCGUCCUCAGCGCCCUCGAAGCAGAAAUGGUUUUUAUUCGUAACCUUGUUGGCGGCCUCCUCGCUGAAAUGGAGGACGACAUUAACCACGACAAGUUCAAGCGCCUCUUGCACUACUCGAGGCGUCUUGCGAGCUUCAAAAACCGAGCGAAGCUUGUCCAAGAAGCACUUGAGGAGGUACUGGAGCAAGAUGAGGAUAUGAAUGCCAUGUAUCUUACUGAUAAGAAAAACAACGCCUCCCGAGAGCUGCACGAACAUGAAGAACUCGAAGUUUUACUCGAAUUUUUCUCUAAGCAAGUAGAGGAAAUCGUCAACGAGGCGGAGAAUACUGAGAGUAACGUCCAAUCAACACAAGAGAUUGUAGAACUCAUUUUGGACUCAAAUCGUAACGCUCUUCUCGCUCUUGAUCUCAAAGUCUCCAUCGGGACCAUGGGUAUCGGCACAGGGGCCCUCGUAGCAGGUUUAUUUGGCAUGAAUUUGACGAGCCAUUUGGAAGAAUCCCCAUACGCAUUUAUAGGCAUGUCCGUCGCUUCUACCGCCAUCGCACUUUUCGUAGCAUGGGUGGGCUUCCGGAGGCUUGCAAAAAUCCGCAAAGUGGGACUUUCAAAUCCAAACAGACAUCGUCGCAAGACACAACAUACUAGACCAUGGAUACCACUGCCCCUGCGACGAAGAAACGCAGAUGGGUGGUCGUAACUCAUGAAACAGCAUACGUAUAGAACUUGGCAUAGAAUCAGGUAGAGUCAAAUCGGCUACAUAUAUAUAUCAUCCAGCGUAAUAUGAAUACAACAGUCCACUCAUCUCAUUGCUGUCGGAUAUGUCAGCGGCG